CACACAUCCAAAAUAUAAGACGCGGGCUCCAGUCAUUCAUAAAGAAAAGUGAAAGCAAGUCGAACGGUCAAGCACGAGUCUAUGGCGCCAAAAAUUUAAGUGUGAUUUUUGUCGACAAAAACAAUAUAAGAAAUGGGGAGAUUCGGAGAUAAUUGCUGUCACGGUUUUUCCAGAUUCAGAGCGAAUUGGGUCUUGAAUCAUGAUGAAUCUGCUGAAAUGCAGAGUCUACCAAAACCAAAGGAAUAUGAAGAAACUGAUCUUGGUGAGGCAAACAAAAUAGAGGAAGAGCCAGACAUCCUCAUAAUCAGAAACAUAAACCCGUGCAUUUCACGAAACGGAACUGAUCACCACACGGAAAAAUUCGACCUUAUGACCCGCGAGAUUGACCCUCAGUUGGUGGUGAGACGGGGUCAGCCUUUCUACUUGAACAUCACGUUGAGCAGAGAGUACAAUCCUGAGAAGGAUGCUGUCUCCUUCGUAUUUACUCUUGAUGGGGUUGAAUAUGCAUCCCAUGGUAAUGGCACCAUGGUGGCUAUACCUUUAUUAAAACAAAAAGAAAAGCUGUAUUCGUGGAAUGUGAUAUUAUUUUCAUCAAAAGAGAACAUCAUAACAGUGGAGAUAUCAACUUCUGCUAACUCAGUGGUGGGGAAAUGGUUGAUGGAGAUAGACACUAAAAUUAAAGACAACGGGGCUUACAGCUACGCUUGGGAAACGAAAAUCUACCUCCUCUUCAACCCGUGGUGUAAAAACGAUCAAGUCUACCUCGCGAAUGGUGAUUGGAGGGAGGAAACAGUGGAAAACGAUGUGGGGCUUAUGUGGAGAGGCACCUAUAACAGCUUAAGACCCGUUAUUUGGAGAUACGAUCAGUUCGAGAAAGACAUAUUAGAGUGUUCGCUGUAUUUAUUAAAAAUUGGUAAAGUCAAAAUCAGCUCUAGAAAUGAUCCAGUGCAAACCACUAGAGGUCUAUCGGCAGCAGUUAAUUCCUAUGACGAUAAUGGUGCUGUCGAAGGAAAUUGGUCUAUUGAUCAUAGCGGUGGAACUCCACCAGCCAAAUGGUUAGGCAGUAGAAAGAUUUUGCAGCAAUAUUAUAAGAAGAAAAGCCCAGUGAAGUAUGGGCAGUGCUGGGUUUUCUCCGGGGUCUUAACUACUAUUUGUAGAGCUCUUGGCAUUCCCACAAGGCCUGUAACCUGUUACUCUUCAGCACACGAUACCCAAAAUUCCUUGACAGUGGAUUAUUUCAUAGAUGAAAAAGGAAAUACUUUGGAAGGUUUAAACAGUGACUCUAUAUGGAACUACCACGUUUGGAAUGAGGUUUGGAUGCAACGACCUGACCUGGGUAAAGAAUAUAACGGCUGGCAAGCUAUAGACGCCACUCCUCAGGAGUUAAGCGACAACAUGUACAGGAUCGGACCUGCUAGUGUACACGCAGUGAAGCUGGGGGAGGUCUUGAAACCGUAUGACAAUAGUUUUUUGUUUUCCGAGGUCAAUGCGGAUAAGAUACUGUGGAAAUAUUGCGGACCAACUCAACCCCUUAAACUCAUCAGAAAAGACAUGAAUGGUAUAGGGAAGUUGAUCUGCACCAAAUCAGCUGGUGCAUACGAACGCGAAGAUUUAACUAAUACAUAUAAAUUCCCUGAAAAAUCCACCGAAGAACGAAGCACUAUGCUCAAAGCUCUACGACAAUCGGAAAACUUAUUUUCCCGAUACUAUCUCAACGAAGAUUUCAAUGACAUUCACUUUAACUUCAAACUAAUAGAUGAUAUUAAAAUCGGGCAACCUUUCGAUGUAGCUUUAUCAAUGAAGAACCGCAGCAAAUCCACAGAUUACAAAGUAAAAGUGAUGCUAAAAGUUACCACUGUGACGUACAUGGGAACACAGUGGGAUACAGUGAAACAAGAAAAUUUUGAAGUCACCGUCAAAGCCGAUACAACGCACGAAGUGACACUGACCGUAACAUUCGAUGAAUACCACCGCAAAUUAAUAGAGGAUUGCGCGUUUUCCAUAUCCAGUCUUGCCACCAUUGAGGAUACAAAGUUCGAAUACUUUGCACAAGAUGAUUUCAGAAUUCGAAAACCAGACAUCAAAAUAGUCCUACAAGACACACCAGUAGAAGAGAAAGAAUGCAAAGCAGACAUCUACUUGGAAAACCCUCUACCCAUACCUUUAAAAAACUGCAAAUUUAUUGUGGAAGGACCGGGUAUUAAAGGGGCACUUAAAUUGAAAGUGAAAGACACAGUCCCACCAGGAAAAAAAGCUCACAGUGAGUUCACAUUUACCCCAACACUUCCUGGAAGAUUCACAAUAGCAGCUAAGUUUGAGAGCAAACAGUUGAAUGAUGUAGAUGGGUAUCAGAUCAUAGAAGUUGAAGCAAUGAGCAAUGAAAUAAGUUAAAUUGCAUUAAUGUUUGUAAUCGCGUCUAUUUAUUUUUUAUUAUUCUUUAACGCCAAUAUUUUAGACUGAUAUUAAUCAUAAAGUAUUAAUACAGCUUUAUAAUGCCAUAUUUAAACAUAAUUUGGAUUUAUUUAUAUUUUAUAAACGAAAC